CGUCACGUCCUCGCACAUGUUCGAAACGCCAAAGACUAACCGCACGCGCCCGCAGAAGGCCUACACCGCGCGAGAAAAGUCCCAAAUACUAGAGAACCUUGAUAUUGAGUUUGAGGCACGUCUGAAAGGAAUCCGUAUCGAGCUAGAUCAAUGCCUAGAUCGUAUUCUCUUCGUGUCUCGCAAUCGUAUUACCAGGAUAUCAGAAGCGGCUCGCAACAUCACGCUGAGGGAAUUCGGUGCGACCUAUGGCGGAAACUAUGACCAGUUAGUACGGGGCAUCGCCACGAUGAAUACGAAAGACCUCGACAAUUUACCUCCUCCUACGGUGUCAAAGAGGAAGCGUGACGAUGCCAGUGAUGCUCCAGAUGUGCCCGGUGACACAGGAGAGAGACGCGCGAAAACCGCCCGUCAGGUUUGUCCUUCCCCAAAAAAAACAAAAGGUCCCCUAGCCACCCCUGGCGUGGCCCCGUCAUCGUCUCGACGCCUCCCAUCAUCUCGUAUCAAUGCCACCCCAUCUCGCUUACCAUCAAAACCGCGUUUACCCCCCCUCAAUUUUCCUUCUAGGCCAUCUCAGCCUGCUUUUCCGCAUUCUUCCUCUGUUUUCCGAGCUCCAGACAGCAAAACUCCUCUACCUGCAUAUCCUCGAUCGGCGCGACCGGAUGAAGUCCUCAUGAGCGAGAACGGAAGUCCGGUAGCUAAUCCGCUUGCGAAAACGAGGAAAUCAGGCCCUGAUCACGCAGCUGCAGCAGUUGGAAUAAGACCCGUGAUUGCGUCCGUAGGCUCACCGCCAGCAUCUAUUGAUACAGGAGACCCGUCUGGGAGAAAGGAUGGAUCCGGACAAAGUGGAAUGAGCCGUGAAUCUGAACGUGCUUUCUUAAACAUCCAGACGAGUACAGGCGAGUCGGUAUCCUUUGAUCCGCUUCUGACCUCCCCUGCAUCCCUGGCCUCACGCACAGACAUAUCGGACUCGGCCAGACAGGAUGUGUGGGAUAAGAUUGCUCGAAUAGCGGAAGCGUUUACUCGUUCUGGUUGGGCGAAUAUUCAUGCUAACAGGUCCAAGGACACAUCGUGACAGCUUUCUUUGUGGGAUUCUUGCACUUCUGUAACCUAGCAGUAAGCGCGCGCUUGAGGCGUGGGAAUAUAGGCCGGCAAUGUCCUUUGAAUUUUCAGUUUAGGCUCGAUGGUUCGUCGAAGAAAAUCCUCCAGGGCUGGCGCAAAACAGUCGUCCAAGCCUAAAUAUGAUCCUAAGGAUGCCCGAAUAAAGAGAUGGGACACAGAAGCAGACAUACCUAAGAACGAUAUCGAUCUCUUCCAUGCAGAGAGAGACAAAAUAUUGCUGAAUGGGGCUGACACUGGUCGUCCGAGUUAUCUAGAAGAUUAUGAUAACGAGUUUGAAGUAUU